AUGUCCGAGUUGCCAUCAGCAAGCGUCCCGUUGCAGUCACCAACCUGCACCCGCGUCGAUUUCCUUGAUCUACCUAUCGAGAUUCGCAAUAACAUCUACAAACGAGUGCUCGCCGUGCCACACCCGCUAUACAUUUUUCAAGACUCGAGAUCUCGACUAGAGAUUUUUGCGCCGGAAAAACCACAUCAGUGGCUAGGGUUAUUGUUUAGCAAUCGCCAAGUAUCCGAAGAAGCUAGGACAGUCCUUUAUGGGAACAAUCAAUUCCAUUUCAUGGAAACAACGCCGCGCUUGCUUACGUCCUUUUUUAACGUCAUCGGAUAUUCGAACGCAGGUUUGCUUUCCCGCCUUAGCAUCAAGUUUCCAACUUUCGAGAUUUCAAAGGAUCGACCUGGAGAGAUCAGGAUUCAUACAGAUAGCCUUCAGAGUAUCCAGCUUCUUCAACAGAGAUGCGUUAAAUUGACGAGUUUGGAGGCCCUGGUCUAUGACCCGAGCGAGGCCGUCACGGACGACUGGGAGAUACAAUCAGUUCGAGACGUCUUGGCAGAAAUCAAUACGCAGUUCAGGUGCAUUCGUUCUUUGAAAGAAAUAAUUGUUAGAGUUUACACCAAACCUCCCUCGCCUUCGAUAAGAGCGUUGAUGAAUGAACUCGGCUGGGUUGUCGUGGUGGGCGGUAUAUAG